CUCUGUCUCUACUACUUGCUAUAUCACUAUUGAGCUGUACUGUUACUUGAACUUGGUUCUUUAUUGUUUUUUUUUUUUUUGCUCUUUGUUUGAUACUUGUCUCUUUUUUGUUGAUGUUUCUUUUCUUCUUGUCUUCAGCAGAGCAAUAACCAGUUUAAAGCUUUCUAAAACUUUCUUUCAGGCAAGUUUGGAGACUACUAUUUUUAGGCAUGUUUUCAAACAGAUGGAAAUUUACUUGAGAAAGCAUCUCAAGUGUUGAAUUUUCCUUGUUUGAACAUGUCUAAGUGUUGGAUUUUCCUUAAACCCUUAGAGCCACAUUUGGUUGCUUGAAUUGGAGAAUUAAUCUCUUCACCAAAUUCAGCAUAACAGUACCUUCUUUGGUUGCUUGAAUGAGGAGAAUUAAUCUCUUCAUUAAAUUUAGCAUAAUUUAUACAUUGGUUGGUUGCAAUUUUGUAUCAUCUUGUAAAUAAUACUUCUAUAUUGUCAAAGGCUCAUUUGAGGUGCACUUAAGCUUUGAAGCUCGGAGAAUCUUAAGGUAAGCGCUUUGCCUCAUUAGGCUAUGCCCCAAUGUAGGCAAAAGCACCAAGUUGUGCGCCUCAUUGCUCAUAAUUCUAUCUUGAAUAGAGCUGUUCCAUACAGUUAAACUAAUUGACAAAAGGAUAUGUUAAUUGUUAAGGAAAUCAUUACGGAUGAAGUAUUUUUUUUUCUUCUUGCAUUACAUGUGUAUUUUUUUCCUUUGUUGUGCCUUUUUAACUGAAGCUCACACUUCAAUUGUGCUUUGUCAUUAAAGCCCUGAUAGAACUGGAGCCUUUUCUGACGCUUUUCACUUUUAACAACACUGUAAUACUCGCAUAAGUUAUGCGAAAAUCUAUGUAUUAUUCUAUGCGGAGUAGAAUGUGGAAUAAGAAUUCUUGUAUGAGCAAUGCGUGGAUUAGACCAUUUAAAGACAAAAGUACCCUUAAAGUAGGUAGUUCCUGUAUAACAAUAAUCUCUUCAUUAUUAUUCAUCACUGCACAAUAAUUCUUUCGAUUUUAUUCACCACAUAACAAUCCCUGCAUUACUAUUCACCACAUAAACAAUCCAUGCAUUACCUAUCCCAACAUUACUUUUCCCCGCAUAACUUGUCUCCAAACCAAACCACACUUAAGCUUUGCACAAUCCAGGAGCUUGAGUUGUCUACACUGAUUUUUCACCUGAAGCUGCUGAGGUCUUACUGGUUCCCCGGUGUUGAGGCUACGUCAGUUCACAAGUGCAGAACUUUUAAUCUGAUCUCUUAUGUGUUGGCUCAAGAUUCUUGGAUGGGGCCUUAGGUAUGGCAUGUUUGAAGAGCGCGAAUUAGCUUAUUUUAGAUUCUUUUGGUAAUUGCUUUCCUUUUUUACCCCCUGGUUAGCCAAGCAAGCAGUUUGAGGUUCAGCAAAAAGUAUGGAAGGGGGAAGUCAUUUAGGUUGUUGAGUAGAUUAUCCUUUGAUUAAACGGGAAAUUCAGCAUUUUGUUGGUAAUCUGGUCAUUUUCAAGUCAGCUAUCUGACUGAUCUAAUGGGAGCUUUUUUAGUGCCAACACGCUGUACCUCCUCCCACCAAUCUCGUUGGCGGUGGGGGUUGGGAAUUGAAGAAAUAGGAUUUGCUUCUUUCUGUGGUAGUGGGAAGGGAUAGGCGACAAGGGAGUAAGUAUCCAUAGAUAGGGGAGCGGGAGGAAAGGAUUCAAAGACUUAAAAGACAUCGUCCAGAUGAUAGGCCAACAUAUCCAUCUCAGCCACGAAUGCGUGAUGAGAUUUAUCUGACAAAGACACAGAAGCCUAGCAGCAGACUUCCUCCAGGUUGGUUGGAUUGUCCUGCAUUUGGGCGGGAGAUAGGUCGCAUUAUUCCUUCAAAGGUUCCUCUCGAUGAAACUUUCAACGACUGUGUUCUUCCUGGCAAAAGAUACUCGUUGAGGCAAGUCCUCCACCAACAGAAAGUUUUGGGAAGAAAGCUUGGUAUGGUGAUUGAUCUCACAAAUACAACUCGAUACUAUUCAUCGUCAGAUUGGAGGAAAGAAGGCAUCAAGCAUGUAAAGAUUCCAUGCAAAGGCCGUGAUGCUGUACCUGACAAUGAGUCUUGCCAUUUAUUUGUCUAUGAGGUUUCACAAUUCCUUGUCCGUCAGAAAGAUGUGAAGAAGUAUAUUCUUGUGCAUUGCACACAUGGGUUUAAUCGCACUGGGUUCAUGAUUAUUCAUUUUCUUAUGCGUACGCUGCCGAUAUCUGUCACUCAGGCAAUCAAAAUUUUUACUGAUGCUCGCCCUCCUGGGAUCUAUAAGCCAGACUAUAUUGAUGCUUUAUAUGCCUUUUAUCAUGAGGAAAAACCUGAAAUGGUUGUUUGCCCUGUAACACCUGAGUGGAAAAGGUCUUCUGAUCUUGAUUUGAAUGGCGAUGCUAUGCCGGAUAUCGAUGAUGAUGGAGGUCCUGCGCUUCCGUUGCCUGAUAAUCGCGAAACACAAAUAUCAUUGUCAAAUGAUGACAUCCUGGGUGAUGCAGUCCCACAAGAUCAGCAAGGUGAUUUGCGACAGUUCUGUUAUCAAGCACUGAAAAUGGCCCCAAGGGGCAGAGGCACGCAUUUUCCUGGCUCACAUCCAGUCUCUCUUAACAGGGACAACUUGCAAUUGUUAAGGCAGCGCUACUACUAUGCCACUUGGAAGGCUGAUGGGACACGGUAUAUGAUGCUGAUCACGAUGGGUGGUUGUUUCUUAAUUGAUAGACAUUUCAACUUCCGAAGGGUUCAGAUGAGAUUUCCGUGCACACACACUGAUGAAGGUGUAGCCAAAAGGGUCCACCACUUCACUUUGCUUGAUGGGGAGAUGGUAAUUGAUACUUUGCCUGGCACACAAAAGCAAGAAAGAAGAUACCUAAUUUAUGAUAUGAUGGCCCUCAACGGUGUGUCUAUCGUAGAGCAACCCUUUUGUGAACGCUGGAGAAUGAUUGACAAAGAAGUGAUCGGGCCAAGGAAUCAUGAACGCCAACAUAUAUGCCAGAGUGGAAACCCUUACUAUAGAUACGAGUGUGAGCCUUUCAGGAUGAGGAGGAAGAAUUUUUGGCUGCUCUCUACUGUCAGAAAAGUACUCAAAGAACUUAUUCCAGAGCUUUCACACGAAGCAGAUGGUCUUAUUUUUCAGGGUUGGCUAGAUCCUUAUGUUCCUCUCACGCAUGAUGGUCUGUUGAAGUGGAAAUACCCCGAGAUGAACUCGGUUGACUUCCUGUUUGAGGUGGUCGACAGUCGUGAAUUGCUUUAUCUACAUGAACGAGGGAAGAAGAAACUGAUGGAAGGGAAUAGAGUUGUUUUCCCAGGUUAGAAAUCCCCUGUUGUAUUAGUUAUGCUCUCGUGGUAUCACGCGGGAAGGUUUCCCUCAAUCUGGGGUUUGGUUGGGAAUAUAGGAGGCGAAUAUCAUCUGCAUCCCAUGCUUGUUUAGUUUUAUUGACUUAACCAAAAAAAGAGUUCUGUCUUGUUUAUUUUACCUGACCUGGAUGCAUGUGAUUGCUUAGUAAAACUUCUAGGUGGAUGCUGUUUUGUGAGGAAUCGGAUGUGGUUCGCGUAUUUGAGUGAGUAACCCGCAUUCAAUGUGUGAUCUAGUGGAGGCUAUUUCACGACUUGCUCUGUUUCUAUUGCCAAGAUUCCUUUUUUGAUACUUGUGAGUUGCUAUGUAGUAGUAAGAUUUUGGAUAAAAAUUUCUGUUGGUACGCUGUGGCUAAACUAAAGGCAGCAUUGCUGUUUGACAACUGAUCCUCUUCUAAUCCAACCUUCCACUAAGUUCAAGACACAUAAUCUUGUUUUUUUAACUUUUUUGUUCUUUUAUAGUUGGUUCUUAGUAGUGAGAACGUGGAUCAUCCACAACUUGAAAUUGAAUCAGUUGCUAAAGUUGAAAAGGUCGGAUAUGUUAGUGGGAUUAUUUGGAAUUUACAGUAAGGUUCUCAAUGGAUCAAGUGCCAGUAGAAGAUUGUUUACAUUUUCAGGAAAAGUACAUGGAAGCACAGAUAUGGGAAUUCCUUGUUGCACGUGACUGUGAACCAGAUAAUCCACAUUUAGGGUGUCACAUUUGUCUUUAUGUGAAUUUCUGAUUAACAUGAUCAUGCUUGUCAGAAUAGGAUGUGCACCUCUCAGGCUUUUGACAGGAAUUCAACAGCUUUGUUUCUUCUCUUGCUCUUUAAAAUGGUCUUUCCAAUAGUUGGUUCUUGUUGGUUGGAGUUACUGAUACUAGCAGUGAUGAUAUAAACAUCCAGCGAAAUGUCUAAUCUGCUGUCCUUGUAGACGCAUAUCUGAGCAGUUCUCCUGCACUUUAUUUUGUAU